CGAGAGAUCACUAUAAAAAGAAAGCAACCAGUGUCAGUGCAAUCAUUGUGUAGAAGCAAAUGUUUAAAUUAGUUCUAAUUCACGAUGUGUGUUUCCAAAGCUAUGGUGUACUUUCUGUUGGUAACAUUAGCUUCAACAAAAGUACGCAGUUUUGAGCAAAAUGAUACAGAUUCUUCCCAGGUCAGUUGCGAAACGUUUGCAUCCAAGCUGAUCGAGAUGGAAUCUGCGAUGAAGAAGGCUCAAGAAACCACCAACCAACAGCUAUUGCGUCAGAAGAGCUUGUCGGAAGAGCUACUAGUCGCCAUCAGCCUCUUGAGUCAGGCAAUUAGUAAGAAUCUCACCGCCCUGCAAACACAAUCGGAGAGAGCUGAGCAGCUGGCUAACGUCAAGCACGACCAGAUCCGGCAGGAGAUUGAAACACUUGCAUCAAAAGAAGAUCUCGCUUGGUUCAGGACUAAAUCCGGGUUAUAUCUUCAAAGUAUCGCCGCUCGAUCGUGCAAGCAGGUGCAAUCGGAGCGCCCGGGCAAGUACUUCAUACAGCCAGCCGCGGAUUCCGAACCAUUCCUGGGAUACUGUGCACAGACUGCGUUCGGAGGAGGUUGGCUAGUGAUUCAGCAUCGCUACGAUGGAUCGGUGGACUUUCGGCGCAACUGGACCGAGUAUCGGGACGGGUUUGGAAACAUCGGGGGAGAGUUCUGGCUCGGGCUGGAGCAUCUACAUCGGAUGACAUCGGCCCGACCACACGAGCUGUUGGUGGAGCUAGAAUAUUUCUCAGGAAAAUAUGCGUACGCCCGGUAUAGUAAGUUCGUGAUCGACAGCGAAGCGGAUCAUUAUGCCAUAGGAGAACUGCGUUUGCCUUCGGGCACGGCCGCAGAGGCAGUACGUUUGCGUCAGGGCACGAAGUUUUCUACGAUCGAUCGAGACCAUGAUGGCAGUGCUGAUUAUAACUGUGCCUCUGAUGCCCAGGCAGCAUGGUGGUACCGUGAAUGUUACGAUUCUAAUAUUAAUGGAGUUUAUAGGGUGGAUCGGGAUGAAAGUGGUUUAUAUUAUACGCGAAUGUUGAUACGCGAGACUUAAUGUUAACUUGAGUGACAAAACAGAAUCGAUUGAGCAUUUAUUGGAGUUCAACAGUAAAUGUAAAAUACAGUAGAACGUCGAUUAUCCGGGGGCGGAUUAACCGGUGGGCGGUUUAACCGUGCACAUAAAUGUGACAGCUGUUCAAGCGUACAGCGAACAUUUGCAGCGAUAGCCAAGUGGGCAAUAAGUUUUUUGUACAGCUCUGUAGUGUGUAGUGGUGUUUUCAAAAGUCAUUUUUGUUCAUGAACAGUUGUCAAACCUAUAGUUAUUGAUUACAAUAAUAUUCUACUAACGAUUAAUCGAUUGAUUCAAAGUAAAUUA